AUGGCAAAUAAUUUAACUUUUGAGAAUCAUCCAUUAGCCAAUGCAUCAUUGUGGACAGUCCCUGAAUAUUCAGUUGUACCUUCGGAUAGAACUAUGUCACUAUCAAACAAUGAUCAAAAUCUGCCAACUUAUGAUACAUGUGCUAAUCCAUCUGCAUCUAAUAUUAAUGAUUUACCACCAAACUAUUUUGAUAUAUCAGUUGUACCCAAUGGUGCUGUUUUAUAUAAUAUUGAUGUUACUCCAUAUACAGAAGCAUCAACAGUAGAAAUAGAACGUGAUGAGAAACGUGUUCUUUCAUUCAAUUCACUUAUUGAUAAAAAUCCCGAUCAACUAUGGCUUUAUUUUAUGACCUAUCUCAAUGAAAAACCACAAGUGAAAAUUAUUAUUCGUGGUUAUCAGCACAAAUUCAUUAUGGCACACGAAACUUAUUACGAUUCAAAUGGUGAUUUGCAAACUUGUAUGCAUGAUAAGAUCGAUGAAGUGACUGAUUUUAGAUGCUCCAUUGAUCUAUCAUCGUACACUUCUGAGCGUUGGUGGCGUGUAGCGGUUAUGCCAUCUGUAGAGGCAAUAGAAACGGGUGAAAUCGUUACAUUGAGAGAUGCUCUAGAACAAUAUACACUUUCGAAUAAGAAAGUCAAAGAAAUUAUUAUGGAAAAACAAUUAUAUGGAUGGCAUUUGGUAGAAUUACAAAGUCAACUUGUAAGAUUAGUUCUAUCUACUGGUUAUCCAAAUCCAAUCAGUGUAAAUUAUGAGAAGUUCAAUGGCAACAUUACGGCUCGUUCAUCUUCACAGCUUAGCCGUUUUGCUAAUUCGCGUGCAGUUCGAUGCUUCUGUUGCCUUUCGUGUUUAUGUAUUAUUUUUUGUCCCAUUUAUGGUUGUUUAAGACGUAUAGGUUCAACACGUGAUACGAUUGUGGCCGACUAUGUAAUGACGAAGCCAGUUAACACUUUUCUUCAACUUAAUUCUGCAACAAUACUGGAUACAGUAAUUAAUCUUUCGGUUAAAUCUUAUAUAGCACACUAA